AUGACUGUCAUGUCCGACUACGGCUCCAGGCCGGGGUCGCAUGCACAGUCUCAUACCCUGAGCGCGCUAGAAGACCGGUUUGAGGUGGUGAAAGAAAUCGGAGAUGGCAGUUUUGGCAGUGUACAGCUCGCCAGGGUACGUACGGCCGGCUCGAACAUUGCGAGAAGGAACACGAUGGUUGCCAUCAAGACUAUGAAGAAGACCUUCGAGUCCUUCUCCCCCUGCCUAGAGCUCCGCGAGGUCAUCUUCCUUCGAACACUACCAAACCAUGCCCACCUAGUACCUGCCAUGGAUAUCUUUCUCGACCCCUAUAGCAAAAAGCUUCACAUCUGCAUGGAAUACAUGGAUGGUAAUCUGUAUCAGUUGAUGAAGGCAAGGGAUCACAAAGUCAUGGAUCCCAGGAGUGUCAAGAGUAUCCUCUACCAGAUUCUGUCUGGUCUCGACCACAUCCACGCACACCACUUCUUCCACCGCGAUAUCAAACCGGAAAAUAUACUUGUCUCGACCUCAGCUCCUUCGGACUCUCACUCCACCUUCAGCAGAUACUCGGCACUCGUAACACCACCCUCAACUCCGCCAACCUACUCCAUCAAAAUUGCCGAUUUCGGCCUGGCUCGAGAAACCCAUUCAAAACUUCCUUAUACCACCUAUGUGUCCACCAGAUGGUACAGAGCACCUGAAGUCUUAUUACGAGCUGGCGAGUACUCAGCACCCGUCGACAUUUGGGCUAUUGGCGCUAUGGCUGUGGAGAUCGCCACCUUGAAGCCCUUGUUCCCAGGUGGCAACGAAGUUGACCAGGUUUGGAGAGUAUGUGAAAUUAUGGGCAGUCCCGGAAACUGGUAUACCAAGUCCGGCAUCCGCGUCGGAGGAGGUGAGUGGAGAGAAGGGACCAGAUUAGCCCAGAAGCUGGGGUUUUCUUUCCCCAAGAUGGCCCCACAUGCGAUCGAAUCUAUACUACAGCCUCCACACUGGCCCCUGGGACUGUCCAACUUCGUUACUUGGUGUCUGAUGUGGGAUCCCAAAAACAGGCCAACAUCAAAGCAGGCCAUGGAACACGAAUUCUUCGCCGACGCUGUCGACCCACUGAGGCCCAAGUCAUCGUCGCGCCUUCUCGGCAGAAAGCAUUCAGAUUUGAGUUUCAGAUCCAAGGAUGGAACUGACUCACCACUCCAUUCGAAGCCGUCGUGGUUCAGGAGAUCACUUGUUGCUCGUGAGAGUGCCCCGGUUGUGCCGCAGCAUGUGGAACCUGUUGAAGCUCCUAGCAAAGUCCGGCCACAAGCUAAUAAGCGCGCGACUUGGACUCACGGCACUCAACCCAAUAACGCUGCUCCCAUGCCGAUCUUGCCUUCCAUCAAACCUAUUUCGCCACUCCCCAACGCUGUGAACGCUCAAGGCACUCAAGCAAACGCACCUUCAGCGCCGCAGCCUCUGCCGAAGCAGGCACCUAAGCCUGAACCUCAGUCCCAGCAACCGGAUGAGAAGACGCUUAGCAAAGGGAAGAUUGGUCGUCAGCUAUCAGUCAACUCUCAUGGCAAUCACUACGCGGACGCACACAGGCAAGAUGCCGAGCGUGCUCUUAAUGGGAAUGCCAGCACUAGUGGACUCGUCUCACCUCCUUAUCAGAAAGAGAGCUUCUUCUCACAUCUCAGGAAACGAGCCCGGCGCUUCUCAGGCAGACACGGUCUGACAUCACCAGGCGGCGAUGAUGUUGAAGCCCAAGCCGCGGCUGUACCUUGGUCAAACCGCUCAUCGAUGAUGGUUGACAGUGUCAUUCCUGAGAACCAGAAUGAUUUCUCGGAUCUGGAUAACUUGCUCCAAAACGUGCGCUACAGCUUAGACCGCCCUCAGGCUGAUGGCAAAGGGGCGACUGAAGGGGCUCGGUCCAACCAGUCAACUCUCAAGAGGACACAUUCCGUGCCUCGUUCAGAAUCGCGCCAGUCUCAAGAUGCCGCGUCUGCAGUGACAGCUGCACCUGCCUCGAAAUCGUCGAACAAUCGUAAUCGUCGAUCAAUUCCCAAGAACUUCUACGAUACUCCCGAAGAAGAGGAUGAGCUACUCGAUGAGGUCCUGCGUUCCGCGAAUCGUGCCGCCCGCCGCCUGAAUCAAGGCAAACCUGCGGAGAACAACCGACUCCCUCUGGCUCACCUCUCGAGUAACCCAGCUCUUCAGGCAGCGUACCUGACGCCUUCGCCGUCAGCAAAGCGCGAUGGUGUCGAAUUUAAUCCGCAGAGUAUUACUCCGACACAGCCGCUCAAUAUUCAGCAAAGGAAACAACAUGAGCAUGUACCAUCUCACUGGCCGACACCGCCUUACGAAGAAAACGAGUGGAGUUCGGCAGCUGCAGCAAGCAUAUAUGCUGCUGGCGGUGCCUAUCGUUGA